AGAGGCAGAAAAGGAUACUUGGGGGCCUCUUACCACAUCAUCUCGUUCAACAUCCAAAGCGGAGAGCUGGAAGUCAUUGAUAAGAUUCCGUAUGAACAUACAUUCCUCGCUUGCGAAAAUGUCAUCUCAAUCAAGCUCCCUUGGUGGCCUACACUAGUCUCGACGUGCAAACGCCCACAGAAUGCCCAUCUCCAGCACGGAUGCAAUAAUUCUUAG